AUGAUUUAAUAUAGGAUCUUCCCUUAUAAUGUCUCCUUUCAGGCCUUGUGCUCUGUUUAAUUGUAUCUCAUUACUGGUUUAGUUAGACAUGGGGAUGGUUUUCUUUGCUUUGCUAACAAAGCGUUGUCACAUCUGCAAAGUGUCACACUGUGGUCGCUCAAAACCAGGUUUUGGGGCCUUCUGUUUAGCCACAGUUUGGCCUAGGCCCCUUGAAAAUGGCCAAGACUGGCAACAACACUUGCAAAAAAACUCUACUCCCCUCUUCAGAGCUCACUCCAAAUCACUAGCUGGUAUGGAGUUGCAAAGACAUUUUCACUAUGUACAGAUCAUUCUGGAUUACAAUUUGUUAAGUGUCCCUAUGAAGCACUGGAUACUGCCACUGGUAGAGACUGGGUAUGUGACUAGCAGACCCCUUGUAUCAGCAGUAAGCCAUCCUCCCUGUGCAUUGAACCCCACUUUCCCAGGAGAGGGUCAGGACUGCUGGCACCAUGCUGCUAAAGAGGUCAAGAUUUGUAUUUCAGGCCCCGGUGACAUUCGAGGACGUUGCAGUCUAUUUCUCGCCAGAAGAAUGGAAAGAGCUGGUCGAAUGGCAGAAGGAGCUGUACUGGGACGUGAUGAAGGAGAACUACGAGCUGGUCACUUCAUUAGUAGAUGAUGGGCUGACAAAUGAAAGCCUGGAGGAAAAGAGUCGGGAGGAGGAGGUGGAAAGCUUGCCCAUCCAGCCCUUCCUUGCAAAGCUCAAGGAGAAGGUGCCCCAGAGCCCAGCAAAGACGAAAUCCUGCCCAAACCCUAGCAAACUGCAGGCCACACCGAGAGGCUCUGCAUGCACCCCACCAGAGAGACCCCUGAGCAGUCUGGCUCCGCAAAAGUCCCCAGGGGCAGAGAGACCCCCCGGCCCGCCGGAGCGCGAGAGGAGCUUCCUGGAGAGACACGAGCUGCUGAUGCGGCCCCGGAGCCGCAAGCGGGAGAGGCCGUUCCCCUGCAGCGAGUGCGGGAAGUGCUUCUCCCAGAAGGGCGACCUGAAGAUCCACCUGCGCAUCCACACAGGCGAGAGGCCGUACGCCUGCCCCGAGUGCGAGAAGCGCUUCACGCAGUGCGGCUACCUGAAGAUCCACCUGCGGCUGCACACGGGGGAGAAGCCCUUCCCUUGCGGCGACUGCGGGAAACGCUUCCCAUCCAAGGGCGACCUCAAGAUGCACCAGCGCAAGCACACGGGCGAACGCCCCUUUCUGUGCAGCGAGUGUAAGAAGAGCUUCACCCGCAAAGUGGACCUCAAGGUGCACCUGCGGAAGCACACGGGCGAGCGUCCCUUCACGUGCCCGGAGUGCGCGAAGAGCUUCACCUCCAAGGGCUACCUUAAGAUCCACCUGGGGCAGCACAAGGGCCGGCGCCCAUUUGCCUGCCUGGAGUGCGAGAAGAGCUUCAUCUCCAAGGGCUCGCUGAAGAUCCACCAGCGCGUCCACACGGGCGAGACGCCCUUCACGUGCCCCGACUGCGGGAAGAGCUUCACCACCAAAGGGUACCUCAAGAUCCACCAGCGGCUGCACACGGGGGAGACGCCGUACCCCUGCGGUCAGUGCGGGAAGAGCUUCUCCACCAAGGGCUACCUCAAGAUCCACCAGAAGAUCCACGCCGAAGGCGCGCCUUUUGCCUGCGACACCUGCGGGAAGAGCUUCGCCACCACGCGGUACCUCAAGAUGCACCAGCGCAGCCACACCGGGGAGAAGCCCUUCACCUGCCCCGAGUGCGGGGAGAGCUUUGCCCAGAAGGACUACCUCCGCAUCCACCAGCGCACGCACAAGGGAGAGGGGCUCUUCACGUGCCCCGACUGCGGGAAGAGCUUCACGGCCAAGUAUCUGCAGAUCCACCAGCGCAUGCACACCGGGGAGCGGCCGUACGCGUGCGCGGACUGCGGGAAGCGCUUCACGGCCGAGGGCUCCCUCAAAGUCCACCGGAAGAUCCACACCCGGGUGUCGCGGAGCAUCUGCGGGGACUGCGGGAAGAGCUUCUCUUCCCUGCGCUAUCUCAAGGUGCACCAGCAGAUCCACGCCCGGGACCUGGUGCAGCUGUCCGUGGGGAGCAGAGAGGCCUCGCCGCCGGCUUACAUCCCACCAAAACCCCCCCGGGAAAUGAUUGCCUUCACCUGCACCGUCUGCGAGAAGAGCUUCUGCCAGAAGUCGAAUUUGCUGACGCACCAGAAGACCCACGCCGAGGAGAGGCCGGCUGCGAUGCACAAGCCCGGCUUCCCUCCCCCGGCUUCUGCGGAGCUGUGCCCCGGGAGCCUGCCCCAGGACGGGCUAAGAACAGGGGCCAGUCACCUGGACCCCAGUCCCUGCCCCCUCCCCUUGGAUUUGAAACCCAGCUUCCCAUUUUCUCCGCAGACCCCGCCUCUUUCCCCUGGGAUAAAUCUAGCUGUCUCUUGAACUCGCCUUGCCACCUGCUUAUGCCCAGCGACCUCUUCUGCGUGAUUACGACCUCCCUUUGCAUGACGUAGCUCUGCCCAGGUUCCUCCGUUCACUUCCACUCCCUGGUGCUCCCGUGCGGUACCGUGUCCGAGGUAGGGAUCAUGCCCUGGUGGAGCGAGCCCCAGUUUUGCACGCUGUCUCAGGCCUUACAGACUUGCUCGUUGUUCGUUUUUCAUCCAUAACGCCUGCUCUGCCUUUUCUGCAGCAGCUUCGCACCAAGCCAGUGGUUGCUGUGAUUUUAACCCCCAGGCUACGACUCAGUGCACUGCGUUGUUAACGCUGUUUAGCACAGGUCCCCUAUGCUGCUUGCUUGUUUGCACACUCAUUUCGUCGCACAGUGCGUUCCCAACCAGCCAGCCCAAACGUCCAGCUGAUCCUCCUCCUUCCCUGCUUCCUUCUGUUAUUCCCUGUCAUCUGCUCCGACUCCAGCUUAGCCUCACAUACAUCCUUGGAAAUCAUGGCCAGUUCACAGCCUGCUGGCUUCACUGGAGUGGUACCAGGGAUGAAUUUGGACCUUCCCUUUCAAUAACUUCCAAGCCAUUGAGCGCACUGGCCCUGGGGCAACUGCACUCCUCAUCUUUCUGUUUCUCCACGUUGACUUCUGUUGUAUCUGUAGUAAGUAUUAGAAACGGUUUGCUUGAAACCCACACUGAAUAUAACCACAAGCAAACUGCACGAGACAGGAACUGUUGCUAGGUGCGGCUAGAAGUGUAAUUGCAGACCUCACCACAGACGCAUACAAGAAACAAAAAGCGUCCACCCUGCUUCAG